AUGCCCAGUGAAAGAGUUCAGAGUAACUGGGGGCCAGAAGCCCAAAUUUCUGGGGAGAGCAAAAACAAGGGGCAGAGUUCUCCUUGCAACUCCUUACAUAGAGCUGUGGCUAUGGCUGUGACCUGCCAGGGAGAAGCCAGCACUGAAAAAAGGAAAAAGAGGAGGAAAGAGUCCAGGCCAGAAUCAAUCAUUGUUUAUCGGUCAGGGACAGAAAACAAAGUGGAAGAAGAACAAGCAGAGGAGGAUGGGAUUGAGAAAAGUUCUGAGGAAGGCUCCAAAUUUUUGGGAUACACUCUAGGAGAUGGUUCAUGGGCUAUGCCUUUAGAUAGCAGGUAUGUUACUUUAACUGGAACCAUCACAAGAGGAAAGAAGAAAGGGCAGAUGGUAGACAUCCAUGUUACACUCACCGACAAAGAGCUGCAAGAACUGGCUCGGUCAAAGGAGCUUCCAAAAACCGAAAUGCCUGAAAGGAAGAAGGCUUGUCAAUUUGGGAUGGAUAAAGGCCCCCAUGUUCUUCUCUGGACCCUUGCCUGCCUCCCUAUUAUUUUCAUUAUGUCCUUUAUUGUUUCUUUUUACUAUGGGACCAUUACUUGGUACAAUGUCUUCUUGGUGUACAAUGAAGAGAGGACCUUUUGGCACAAGAUCACCUUCUGCCCAUUUCUAAUUAUCUUCUAUCCUAUCUUCAUCAUGGCGAUUUCUUUCUCUCUGGGCAUUUAUACAGCAAUAACUCAAAUCUCCUGGGCCUUUGGAGAUUGGUGGCAUGCGGUGAGGGAUAUGGAGAAAGGAUUUUGUGGAUGGCUCUGCAGCAAGGUGGGCCUGGAAGAUUGCUCUCCAUAUAGCAUUGUUGAGUUGCUAGAUUCAGAUAAUGUCUCAGGGAGUCUGUCAGCCAAAGGUUCAGCACAGGGUGAAGAGGUCUCGGCUGUCUGAGUCUU